GAUAUAAAUUCACAAUCUGUGAAUAUAGAGCACCAACAACUCAGACAAUCCUAAUUCUACUGGCUGUUCAGGCUUCUGUGGCAGGAUGAGACCUUCCAUUUCUCUUGCCCUUUUGGGUCUUCUGGUUAUUGCUGUUUCUGUGUCAGAAGCUGCGCCUCGAUCCUCUUGUCCACCCGGAUGGUUCUUCUACAAGGCUUACUGUUAUGGUUACUUCAGAUUCCGCCUGACCUGGUCCGAAGCUGAGUUUGAAUGUGUCAGUUAUGGUCAUGGUGCACACUUAGCCUCCAUCAUGGAUGAUGCAGAAGCAUCCAUUAUUGCAAGCAACGCGGGUGCUUACGGCAAAACUGUAGACAUUUGGAUCGGACUUCAUGACCCAGAGGAGAAUCGCCGCUGGAAGUGGGCUGAUGGCUCCAUGUAUAAUUAUCGUAUUUGGAAGGAUGGUGAGCCCAACAAUCUGCAAAAUGCUGAAUACUGCGGAGAGCUGACCAAGGAAACAAAUUACCGUCAGUGGAACGACGCUCCAUGUAAGGAACAAAACCACUUUGUAUGCAAAUAUAAACCGUAAGAACAUGGUCCUACUCUGGGAUAAAUUGGGAGUUGGGGCACAUCAUGUUUCCUGCAUUCUGUAAACCUUAAUAAAUAUCUUUCUCCAAA